AUGCUUACGCAUCUAUCAGCAACAAGUCCUUAUGUUUGUGAUAUAAGCCUUGGACCUAUCGAACAGGCAAAUCGUAUGGCUUCGGCACCAACAAAAACACCAGUUUCAUUGCUUGAAUACAAAGAAAGUUUUCCAAAAUUUCAACAAACACGUACACCAUUAAAACUUCUUGCUCCAGAUGAAGUACCUAUGGAUACUAGUACUGCAACAACAACAACUACAGAUAUGAAUAAUAGUCGACAACAAAGUCUCCAACCUGUUUGGUAUACAGAACAAACUAUUGUUGAUGAUAAUAAUGAUCAUCAACAGCAACAACGAAAUUCAAUGAUAUCACCUAAUCAUCGUCAUGAUUUAACACGUUCAACAUUACCUACUAUCGAAAGUUACAGUCCAGAAAUCGUAGAUGAAAUUAUAGAACAAGAACCACUUUCAUAUAAACCAUCAUUGAUGCGUAAAUCAUCAACAUUUACAAUUGAACGUCAAUCAACGAUUAAUAUUCCAUCAACAUUAAAUGAUUCAGAAAAAGAAAAUGAUUUCAAUAAUAUUAUUACAUCAACACAAGAAGAACCAAAACAUCCAAUAAAUCAUCCAACUGAACCAUCUGAUGAAUCCUUUCGUGCACUUGAACAUCUCUUAGGUCUUGGUUCAGUAAAUACAAAUUUAACUAUGACAGCUCUUGCACAAGAAUCUCCCAAAAGUAAUCAUGAAUCACUUUCAUUGACAAUUGUUACACCAACUGAAUUAAUUAAUCAAACAGGAACAUCAUUUUUAAGUUAUGCACCAGCUGGUGGUAGUUUACCCUCUUCACAGAAUAUUCUUGUUAUGCCAACUAUUGAAAGUAUAACAGAGCCAAGUAUGAAUUCAACUAUUCCACCACCAUUUGCAGUUGAUAAUAGUGAUACAGAAGAAGCAUCAUCACCAGGUGGAACAAUUCUUAAUCAAGAAAAUUCAAAAUGUACAGAAGAUUCAUUUAAUUUUACUGAUAAUGAUGAUGAUGAACUGUUAGAAACACCAAAAGAUGAUACAAAUUCCGAAGAAGAUAAUAAUUUCUCAUUUGAAUUAAAUGAUUUUCCAAAUAAUUCCAAAGAUACUACAAAUGAAUCAAGUUAUUUAGCACCAAUACCACCACCUCCAAUAAUUACAAUUCGUCAACCAACAAGUGCUGAUGUUGCUUAUAGAGCUCUAAUUAAAUCUCGACUCGGUGGAAGAAUAUCUCAACCAGUUAAAACUGAAUCACCAUUAGCAAAAUCAAAUAAAAAUAAAGUAACAGUACGUUCGUCUGUUCCAAUACCAUCACCCACACCAACAUCACGUGUACUUCGUUCAAGUACUCGUCGAAUUUCAAUUGAUCCUGCUUCAGAAAAUUCUACCACUGAAGAGAUAAAUGAGCCAAUUGAUCUUGUUUCAGAAAGUUCUACUACUACUGAAGAGAUUAAUGAACCAAUUGAUCUUGUUUCAGACAAUUCUACUCCUGAAGAGAUUAAUAAACCAAAUCCGCCAGUAGAAAAUGAAUAUUUUGAAAAUGAAAAUAAAAUUGAUGAUGAUGAUUAUCCACGUAUUGAACUUGUUGAAGUUGUUAGUUUAACUGAUGAAGAUGAAAUGGAACAAGAAGAAAUGGCAGGAAUUACUCUUAAUCUUACUGAAACUAAAGAGAUUAAUAGUACAUCACCAACAAGUGCUGAAGAAGCUGAUUGUAGUGCUUCAGUUUCAUCAUCUCAUAUAUCACCUCAACAAGAUAUCAAUACACCAAUUGAUACAAAAAUGCCAGUUUUAUCUCGUGAAUUUACUUAUAAUACUCCAACAUCAAGAACAACUCGUUCUUCACAAAAACGUCGUUCAAUAAUAACAAACUAUCAAAAUUAUUCACGUUCAACACAUUCUCUUAUUACUACAAUUCCUGAACAACAAACAACAGCGAGUAGUGAAGAAGAAGAUCAGCAACAACUUAGUACAUAUUCAAUACCAUUAUCAACACUUUCAACAAAUCCAACAGCUAUUAGUGAAGCACCACCAAUUAUUUUACAAAAAUCUUUAGCUGGUUCAGCAUCGCCAUCACCUAAUCCAACUCCAAUAAUAACAAUUCGUCAAAGUCAACGUUUAUCAUCAAAUUUAUCUCCUCGACGAAAUAUUAAUCCUCUUCAUUCAUCUACACCAUCAGCUAGAAAUAAAUCUUUACAAAUGGUUUCCAUUGGUGAACAAGAACAAGUUUCAACAACUGCUCCACCACAUUUAAAUAUCGAUUUAACUACUGAUGAUGUUGAAAUGCUUGACAAUGAACAACAAAUUGAUAUUCCUAUUAAAAUUCAACAUGUGACUGAUGAAGGUAUUCAAACUUCUCCUAUUCAAUCACCUCGUCGCGUCGAUAUCGGUAUUCAAACAACACCAAGUCUUAAUCCAUUAUCUUAUCGUCGUUAUCAAACAAUUGAACAACAAACAACACCAAUCAUUACUCGUUCAUCUUCAUCAUCAAGUUGUCAAACAACUUCAAUUGCUAUCGCAAUUCAACAAACAAGUCCAAUGAUUGAAACAAGAUCAAAAAUAAUUAUCCAGGAAGAAAAAGAAGAAGAAGAACAACAGCAACAAGGAACACCAUUACAUAGUAAAGCUAUAAUGCAUUUAAGACGAAAUGUUCGUUUUCAAUUUACACCAUCGACAGAUGCACGUUUAACGGCAAAAGAAAAAUUAGAAGAAGAACAAAAAAAACAUGUUAAACAAGAUAUUAUUAUUGAUAAUACAAAAUCGAUUCUAUCAGAUAAUGAACGUGAAGAAGAUACAGAAGAUGAAAUAAGAAAAACAAAAAAGAAAAUUACAACAUCAAAAAAGAAAAAAAUUGUUCCUACAACAAAAACUGAUGAUAGUUCAGAAGAAAUGAAUGAAUCACCAGUUCGUCGAAUAACUCGUAAUCAACGUCAUAAAACUACAGAUGAUACUCAUGAAACAUCAACAACACAAUCGAAAAAGAAAACAUCAAAACGAUCGAUUUCUAAUGAGAAAAAAUCAUCACCUAUUAAAGAAUUACCUAUAAUACAACCAGAUAUUAUUGUCAUACCAACAUCUCCAGUUUUAACAACAAAACGUGCUGCUCGUAAACGACCAAAUCCAAAAACAUCAACUGUUUCACCACCGGAACCAACGAGUCCAACUGAACCAGUUAUGAAACGAGCUAAAACUUCAAAACAUGUAGAAAUUAAGCAAUCUGCUCGAGUUCCAUCACCUGAAGCACCUUCAACUCGAGGUCGUUCAAAAACUACAAGAAUAUCAACAUCUCCUGUAGAUAUGACUGAACGACUACCACCACCACCGCCAACAACAGUAAAUGUAUCAAAAAAAGUCAAGAAAACUUCGUUAGAAACUAGUCCAGUUGAAAUACCAGCAGUUCCAAUCAAUAAUAAACGUAAAAAUACCAUGCCGACAACCAGAAAAGGUAAACGACGAUUACAUAGUGUAGAACAAGAUGAAGGAUUGAAUACAGCUGAUGAAGAAGAAACAAUACAAACAAUGCUUCCUACUGUAGAAGAAAUAAUACCAAUGGAUUUAAGUCAAGAAGAACGAGAGAAAAUUGAAGGAUUAACUGUUAUCGAGCUCAAAAAUCGAUUAACUACACAUAAUGAAACAUUACCUAAAGGUGCCCGAAAAGCCGAUCUUGUUGCUUUACUUAUUAAAAUCGAAACAAAUUUACUCAAAGAAAAAAAAGAAGCCGAAAUAAUAUCAACAAAAUCGAUUCCUGCUAAUCUUUCAUCCCGAAAAACACGUCAAAAGAAAUAA